AUGACAGAGGAGGUAAUAGUUGUAGCCAAGUGGGACUACAUCGCCCAGCAGGACCAGGAGCUUGACAUUCGGAAAAGCGAGCGCCUUCACCUCCUCGACGACUCAAAGACCUGGUGGAGAGUUCGUAAUGCGUCCAACCAAACUGGAUACGUCCCCUCCAACUACGUGGAGCGCAAGAACAGCCUGAAGAACAACUCGCUGGUCAAGAACAUCAAGGACACGUUUGGUUUGGGGAAAACCAAAAGAAAGACCAGUGCCAGAGACACGUCCCCCACGCCAAGCUCCGAUGCAGAGUACCCUUCAAACGGCAGCGGAGGAGGAGGCAGCGCUGCGGAGCGCAUCUAUGACCUCAACGUCCCGGCGCUGGUCAAGUUCGCCUACACCGCAGAACGCGAUGACGAGCUCACGCUGCUCAAAGGCUCUCGUGUGGUGGUGAUGGAGAAGUGCAGUGACGGCUGGUGGCGGGGCAGCCAGGGCGGCCGCGUUGGCUGGUUCCCCUCCAACUAUGUGCAGGAGGAGUCGGGGGCAGCGGAGGACUCGCUGGAGGGGGACCUGUCCCAGGGAUACCUCAGCUCUCCAGGGACACUACUUACCAACGGACGAGCAGCAGGCCGCGUGCUGCACCUGGUGCAAACACUGUACCCCUUCAGCUCGGUGACUGAGGAGGAGCUGAACUUUGAGAAGGGGGAGGUGAUGGAGGUGGUAGAGAAGCCUGACAAUGACCCAGAGUGGUGGAGGUGUAAGAACUCGCUGGGCCUGGUGGGACUGGUGCCUAAGAACUAUGUGAUGGUGCUGGAGGAGCGGCCCCCGGUCCCCUGCUCCACCUCUGGCUCCCCGAGCCGCCACAUAGCCCCCGCUCGCUCAGGGAAGUUUGCUGGACACGACUGGUACUACGGAGGUGUCACCAGGCACCAGGCAGAGUGCAUCCUCAACGAGAAGGGGGAGGAGGGAGACUUCCUCAUACGGGACAGUGAAUCAUCGCCCAAUGAUUUCUCAAUCUCUCUGAAGGCGGCUGGCAAGAACAAGCACUUCAAAGUGCAGCACUCUGAGGGAGUGUAUUGCAUCGGCCAGCGCAGGUUCAACUCCAUGGAAGAACUCGUAGAGCAUUACAAGAAGGCUCCCAUCUUCACCAGUGAACAGGGGGAAAAGCUGUACCUCGUCAAAGCGCUGCUGUGA